CCCCGCCCCCCCCCACUUUCCUACGCGCCGGUCGCUGGCGAAACCCGCCUUCCCCACCGGCCUCCGUCCGCCUCCCUGCCUCGCGCCCCGGUUCCGCCAUGGAAUCCAAUAAAGAUGAAGCCGAGCGCUGUAUCACCAUCGCCCUCAGCGCCAUCAAGAGCCGCCAACCCGAGCGGGCACUGCGCUUCCUGGAGAAGGCACAGAGGCUCUACCCGACUCCGAGGGUGCGCGCAUUGAUUGAAUCUCUCACCCAGAAUGGACAGACCUCUCAUGGCCAGGCCAGGCCAAAAGACACAGCCAGUUCUCACCGGAAAACAGGUGGGGGAGAAACUCCUUCUGCCAAUGGUGAGGCUGGUGGAGAGGGCACGAAAGGCUACACACAGGACCAGGUGGAAGCUGUGAAAAGGGUGAAGCAGUGCAAAGACUACUACGAGAUCCUGGGGGUGAGCAGGGAAGCCUCGGAAGAAGACCUGAAGAAGGCCUACCGAAAGCUGGCGCUCAAGUUUCACCCGGACAAGAACCACGCCCCUGGUGCCACGGAGGCUUUUAAAGCCAUCGGGACGGCCUACGCUGUGCUGAGCAACUCUGAGAAGAGGCGGCAGUAUGACCAGUUUGGGGACGAGAAGGGCCAGACCGCGCGCCAAGGCCAGGGCCAUGGGGACUUCCACAGGGGCUUCGAAGCCGACAUCUCCCCCGAAGACCUCUUCAACAUGUUCUUUGGUGGCGGCUUUCCUUCCAGUAAGGUUCCUCCCCCUCCCUGACAGCCAUCCCGGUACACCUACCACCAGAGGCCUGACCGCCGCGAGAACCAGGGGGACGGUGGCCUAGGGCUAUUUGUCCAGCUGAUGCCCAUCCUCAUCCUGAUCAUCGUGUCAGCCCUCAGCCAGAUGAUGGUCUCCAGCCCGCCAUACAGCCUCAGCCAAAGACCGUCAGUGGGGCACAUCCACAGGCGGCUGACUGAGCACCUCAAAGUGCCCUACUUCGUGUCAGACACCUUCGGGGAAGAGUUCACCGGCUCCAGCUUAAAGACGGUGGAGCGCAAUGUAGAAGACGAUUAUGUAGCCAACCUCCGGAACAACUGUUGGAAAGAGAAGCAGCAGAAAGAAAGUUUACUCUAUCGGGCCCGUUACUUCGGAGAUACCAGUCUCUACCACAAAGCCCAGAGGAUGGGGACCCCAAGCUGUAGCAGAUUGUCAGAGGUGCAGGCCUCUCUGCACGGAUAGUCAAUGCCAGACCACCCUGCUGAGGUCCAAACUAUGAAAUACCUGGAGAAUUUUCGGUGAAGUGCACUGAGCCAAGUGAUGGACAUUAUAUUUAAGGAGCAAAAACCUUAAAUUAAAGUGGAAUUGGAGGAAGAGCAAUGCACAACUGCCCCCUCUCUCACCCAAUAAACACAGAAAGCCCUUAGGACAGGCCUGCCCAGCCCCUGAGCUUCUCUCUUCUUCCCAACACCGACUGAUCGAGGUUCUGCACUCAGUGCUCGCCUAGGAAACCGCAGCCAUGGCAACGAAAGUAGGAUUUAAAACUUGCAGCAGAUGUGGGGGAGGGGGAGGAGGAGGAGAAGGCGGCUGGGCAGCCCUUCUUCCUCAGCUCUCCCAGGCUCCUGGUCCCCUCUCACUGGAGGCCUCCCCAUCAGCAGCUGGCUAGGAACAGAUUUAUAGCGGAGGAAGCGAUGGGAAAAUAUAUAGGAUUUAAUUUAUAGUUGUGUGUGUGCGCGCGUGUGUGUGUGUGUGUGUGUGUGUGUGUGUGUGUGGCCUAGCCGGAUCCCAUAGCUAGGCAGGGAUGUAGAGAUCUAUAACUAUGCAGGGAUCGGGUUAAGUUAUUUGGCUGAUUGCUCUUCCAUUGUAGAGACAGGCCUCUUUUCGGGAAUCUGCCGGUUCUCCGAAAUCUAGAGAUUAACCAUAGCUGACAGCCAGGGAGCUUCUGGUCGCUUGCUUUCCAGUGAUUUGAUCCCUGGACGAAGGCUUUGGGUUUUGUUUCUGGUUGGUGAUAUCUAAGGGCAGAGAUAAUCAUGACUGAAUCAAAAUCUCUAGAACACUUGGUUUGAGGCUGCAGGGCUUCAGACUUGCUGGAAGGAAAGGGAGAAAAACGGUCCAUUUACCAGGUCAGCUGUGAGCCUCACUUCCUCCCGAAGAUCUGGCUCCCCAUCCCGAGCUCAUCAGUAUUUAAAUUUGAUGGAGACCCGUCAAGCCCGCUGGGAUGAUGGGCAAUCAGUGUCCCUGCCCCAACCUUGAACUUAACCCCCACGCUGCACCUCAGGGGUCCCCCUUCCCAACGUAGCUUUGCACCACAGAAGCGCAGUCGGGCAACCCCAUCCAGGGGCGACUGUGCUAACUGGAGCCCGGUAGGGAAACCUGGCCAAGUUUGGAAUGCACUUACCGAGAGGGAAGCUGGGCUGUCCCUCACCUCCUCUUCCUCCCGCCACACCUCUCGGUGGCUGAGUGGUCUGCCGCCCCGGAGGGGCCUCAGCACAGCUCCUGGGCAGCCUCGGCCUGGGGAUGCCUGCGCCGAGGGGCCUGGGCAGAGCGGCCAUCCUCUCCCGACCGAGCCGCCCGGGACAGCCUCCAAGCAGACCGACCUCACCCAGGAUGUCUGACCCACCGGGUCUCUUCUUCCUUCCGCUACGGACUAAAGAGAUUCUACUGAAUCAGAAUGGUUUUCUUAUCUUCACUUUAUGAAGGAGGAUUUUUCUCAAAACAGCUGUUGCUGCCAUGGGGAGGGAGGGAGGUUUUAUUUAUUCCCAAAGUUUAUACCCAGCCUUUUGAAGUCAGCCGUGUUGCCCUGGAAUUGGAUCUUCCUUUGGCAAAGUGUCACUAAGCCCAUGUUACUCCUAAGCCUUACUUCUCUGCCGACCCUCUCCUUGAGUUUGUUUGGCCUUUUUUUCUUAACUUGAAAAAAAUAGGGGGGUAAGGAGGGAGUCCAGAGGGAAAUAUACCAGCGCUUCUAAACUGAAGACUCUGCGCUCACCACCCUCCACCUGGAGAGAUCUCAGUGGAAGGAAACUCAAGAGCAGCCUCAGGUCUGCAGAAUGUACCCACUUACCUAGUGACACAGCCCCUCCACCCCUCACCUAAUGAUUUCUGAGUCACUCUCCAUGGAUGGUAGAAGCUCGGUGCAAUAAAGCAUAGAUCCGAAGGAUAACCACAGAGGCUGAAUUAGAAUUAUGAAAUUGUACAUCUAUAAAUAAAUGUUUAUAAUGUGAGAGACCC